GCGAGAGCCGGGCGGAGGUUUUUGUCCCAAAGCCUUGCCGUACCGUCGCGUGUCCGUUGUGUGUCUACCGUUCUCUCGCCGCAGUUGCCACUGCUGACAUGAACCGCGAGAACUUUGCGGCAGGCGAGCGGCUGGUGUCGCCGGCUUACGUGCGGCAGGGCUGUGAGGCCCGCCGCUCGCAUGAGCACCUCAUACGGCUGCUUCUGGAGAAGGGCAAGUGUCCUGAGGAUGGCUGGGAUGAAAGUACGCUUGAACUCUUUCUACAUGAACUUGCAAUUAUGGAUAGCAACAAUUUCCUGGGCAAUUGUGGUGUGGGAGAAAGGGAAGGGAGAGUGGCAUCUGCUUUAGUUGCUCGGCGUCAUUACAGGUUCAUUCAUGGAAUUGGACGAUCUGGUGAUAUUUCUGCUGUGCAACCAAAAGCUGCAGGUUCUAGUCUUUUGAACAAAAUUACCAAUUCUUUGGUCCUGGACAUCAUAAAGUUGGCUGGUGUCCAUACAGUGACGAACUGCUUUGUAGUUCCAAUGGCAACUGGUAUGAGUCUAACCCUGUGUUUCUUAACAUUACGACACAAAAGACCAAAGGCAAAAUAUAUUAUAUGGCCACGAAUAGACCAGAAGUCCUGCUUUAAAUCCAUGAUCACUGCAGGUUUUGAGCCUGUGGUGAUAGAGAACGUUUUAGAAGGUGAUGAGCUGCGCACAGACCUGAAAGCGGUGGAGGCUAAAGUCCAGGAACUUGGGCCUGAUUAUGUUCUGUGUGUUCAUUCUACUACAUCCUGUUUUGCUCCAAGGGUGCCUGACAGAUUAGAAGAACUGGCUGUGAUUUGUGCUAAUUAUGAUAUCCCACAUAUAGUCAACAAUGCUUAUGGAGUGCAGUCUUCAAAGUGUAUGCAUCUCAUUCAGCAGGGGGCACGGGUUGGAAGAAUAGAUGCUUUCGUUCAGAGCUUGGACAAAAAUUUUAUGGUUCCAGUAGGUGGUGCUAUAAUUGCUGGCUUUAAUGACUCCUUCAUUCAAGAAAUCAGCAAGAUGUAUCCAGGAAGAGCUUCAGCUUCCCCUUCUUUAGAUGUUCUUAUUACUUUAUUAUCACUUGGAUCAAAUGGCUAUAAGAAGCUAUUAAAAGAAAGAAAGGAAAUGUUUUCAUAUUUGUCCAACCAACUAAAGAAGCUGUCAGAAACCUACAGUGAAAGACUGUUGCAUACACCUCACAAUCCUAUAUCUUUAGCUGUGACACUUAAGACACUAGAUGAACAGUGUGACAAAGCUGUCACUCAGCUUGGCUCAAUGCUUUUUACCAGACAGGUUUCUGGAGCCAGGGUUGUGCCUCUUGGGUCUGUGCAAACCGUGAGUGGCUACACUUUCAGAGGCUUUAUGUCACAUACAAAUAAUUACCCUUGUGCUUACCUCAACGCUGCCUCAGCCAUUGGAAUGAAGAUCCAGGAUGUGGACUUGUUCAUAAAGAGACUUGACAAAUGUUUAAAGACAGUAAGAAAACAACAAAAUAAAGAGAGUGAUGUGUCUGGAGUUGGCAAUUACGACAAAACUGAAGAUGUGAAUAUUGAAGAAACGGCUUUAAAACUAGAUAAUGUGCUUCUUGACACAAACCAGAAUUCUUCUUCAUGACAUGUGAAGGCUUUCUUUUCAAUAAUUUGAAAGACUUGGUGAGGCUACAGUGUAAGCAAGCAGUUUGAAGGCUUGAGAUUUUUUUUAUUAAGCUAUCAUUGAUAUACAAUUUUAUGAAGGUCUCACAUGAGCAGCAUUGUGGUUACAACAUUCACCCAUAUUAUAAAGUCCCCCCAACCAACCCAUCACAGUCACUGUCCGUCAGCGGUAGUAAGAUGCUAUAGAGUUAUUACUUGUCUUCUCCAUGGUAUACUAAGGCUUAAGGUUCUUGAGAAUUUCAUGGAGAAUAAAUGGUCAAGGAAUAGCAUAUAGUCUGAGCUAGCCAGUGAUGAUUGUUACCUUUUUUAUUUUAAGAUCGCCUCAAUCAUUAUGAUCCUUAACAGAUUAUAAUAUAUAGUUAGCAUUUUUCUAAUUGUUGGAAUGUUUAUCAGUUAAGCACUAUGAUUCAGAUAAUUCUUACUAAUAUGACAGUAAAAUUACCUCUAAUUCUCUUUGAAAUGUGUAGACUGCUUCCUCCUAAUCAUUCUCUACUAUUCACAAAUUGUUUAUGUUUCUGAUCACACAAUUAGGAAGAUCUCUAAAACUACUGAUUACUAGAUGUUUGCCAGUGUGUUUAAGUCCCGAUCUGCCUGUAAAAUGAUCAUUUUCCAGGGAAGCAGAUGCAAGGUGUAAACUUAAAUUUUCACUCAGUAGCAAUGGUUCUUAACUGGAGAUGAUUUGCUUAUAUCUAAGCAACAUCUGGGGACGUUUUUGAUUAUCACGACUGGUGGAAUGCUCUUGACAUUUAGAGGUGGAGGCCAGGGAUUCUGCUUAGAAUCUUACAAUGGGUAAGACAACUUCCCAAAACAAAGGAUAUCUAGCCCAAAAUCUUAGUAGUGCUGAGGUUGAGAAACACUGCUGUAAAGUAAAUAAACUCAGGUAAAGAGAAGUUGUCCACAGCAACUUUAAUUAUUCUGUAGUGUUUUUAAAAAGAUAGCUGUAUAAGUGUUAUCAGACUUUACAGUAUUAGACUCUUAAGUGACAACCAGAGUUACCAGUUCUAAAUAUGAUUAUAAAUUGUUCCAUAUGGCACUUAGGCAUUUUUCCAUGAGAGCAAGUGAAAACUUUGUCCUGCUGUUUUUGUUUUAAGCAGCCUUUGUAUCUUGGUUAGUUUAGGUGUUGUUCACAGCCAUUAUAAAAGUAGUUAAUGUGGGACAUCAUUUUGGGACAUAUUUGUGCUGGGGAGGUGAAAAUGAUGUAGUAUGAUAAACAGGUGUAUUCCCCUCUUCUGCCCACAUGCUCACUUUCCAAGUCUGAAAUUCCAGACUUACUGGCUAUCACAGUUAUUUUUGUUGUUAAUUUUAGGAAACAGACUGAUAUCUCAUAGCCUAAGGAAGCUUCUGAAUCCACCAAAAUAUGACAGCCAUGUUUCUCAAGACCUGCUCUGGUGGAGCAUUAUUCCUAAGAGAUGCUCACGGGAAUAAAGACUCCAUAGACAAUAAUUUUGGGACUUUCCAAACCUACCUAUUAGCAUAUAAAAGACUAAGAAUUCCUUCAAAACCAGUUUGAAUGUGUCCUUAUCUAAAGAGGGGGGAGCCAUUUUUUAAAUUAAAUACUGACAUUUCAUUGAACAUAAUUGUGAAAACACACAGUAGAGAAUGCCGCCUCUUCUGAUUUCUGGAUUGUAUUUUUCUCUAUUUAUUUGGCAGUGUGUGAACUCUUACACAUGAACUCAGAUAGAUGGCAGUCCCAGUAACGUGUAAAUUAGAAUACUUAAAACACUGGCUUGAUAGCCUUGGAAGUCAAGACUGUGUUGAGAUAAAGUACUUAAUUAUAAAUAUUUAAAAGUUACUUUUAAAUUAUUAAACCCUUGGGGUUCAUAUGUUUUAAAUAUCAGGAUUUUUUUUUUACAUGGCUAUAAUAACACAUUUUAAAGGAGUAAAUCUUGGAUUAAAAAGUUGUAUAAUGUUUUUUAUGUGAAUUUGGGACUGAGUUGUAGAACCAAUAAAGCUGAACAAUUGGAACAGAGCCUCUCAGUCUACAAGAGGGAAGGAAGUGAUGUUGCAAAUGUCCAUGCUGGCAGUACAGUUUAUUAUGCACGUAAGCCAAAAUGGUUUUAUAGAACAAGUGAUCUAUAUUGUGUGAUCAUCAUUUAGCUUAAGACCAGAGCCGAGAGACUAGCAAAUGUUUUCUCAUCUGCAGUGUAUCAGCAGUUCUUGGGCUUCAGCUGCUGAAUAGAUAAUAAUUCUAAUUGAAGAUAAAUUACAUGAACCCACAUGUGAAUGAUAGAUGUGUUAUAGCAUUUCAUUCUUGGUGCAUAAAAUCAGCUGCAGUUUUUAUUAUUAGCCCUAUUUUUUGAGAGGUUUUGGAAUUCCAUCUCUAUUCCUGCUGGUUUAAAUUUGACCUUGAGGUUAUAGAAUUCACAAGAAUUUUUGUAGGGAUGUGGUGGGUUUUGCACAUUCAGGCUUUCCUUUGCCAACACUGUUUUUCUCUUGGUCUUUCCCAUUUCCACAUAUAAGUAUAAAAAAGUAUGUACAUACAAUUGCUAGUACUGAUUAGUAGCCUCAUAAUUGGCCUUAGGUGUCCUUGAACCAUGGCCUAGGGGCAACGGGUGAUACAUUUUCCCACCACUAAGGUGAUCUUUUCUGUCUUUAUGAUCCAACUGCCUGUAUUAAGGCUCUCAGGUAGAAUUUGGGAGUUUGUUUUUUAAAAUCAUUGGGCUGUCGUAAUCUACCCUGAAAAAGAAAAUUGAAAAACACAAGAUACUCUUUAAUCACUACACAGUGUGUUACUUACACACACCACCUGGGAAGGUAUUUUCAAUCCAGCUCUCAAUUUGACUCUUCUAUCUUCUGCUGAUGAAUUCUCACUCUAUCAGGGAAUGAUAUCAGUGUUCAACUAUAAACCUUUCUAUUUAGCUUUUUGUGUUAGUGGAAUGAAUUUAUAGAAUAUGAAUUAUUGAAUACAGUUCUGUUCAGCCAAUAAGCUCUUGAGAUAAAUUUUAAAUUUAAAUUAAAAUUAAAAUUUUCUAAUACUGUGCUCCAGUACCUAACUCUCCUGUGGUUCUGUUUCUCUAACCACCCUGUAUUAUGAACUGUCACUGAGGCCUAAGCUACAGGAUGUGCUUUUAUUUUUAGAAUAUUUGCAUAUCAUAGGUUUUAGUUAAAUUUAAAGGUAAUUUUUUCUACCUGCAAUGUUACUUUAAUGUCUUACUAGCUCAUCAUGGGAGUUAAAUUCUUGUGUUCUUUCAUAGAGGAAAAUAGCUAACAAUGAGCAACAAUGUACUCUAAUGAGUCUCAUCUAUAAUGCACUCAUGAGAAAUGUUUUUGAACACACAUUUGGUGCAUAUAGAAGUUGAGUUUUCUUCAUAAUGUUCUUCAUGUAAUUGUAGAUUAAUGAUAAAAAAUUAAAAAAAACUCUCAGGGCAGAAACUCUUAAAAAAAAAAGUUGGGUUUUCUUUUGCUGCUUUCUAAGAUGUACUGAUUUCUGCCAAGCCCUUAAAUGGUUUUGUUUUGUUUUGCAUUCAUGAAGCCAACCUUAUUUUGAAACUAAAAUAUAAUCCAGGUUGCAAACACAGAGGUUUGAUACCCUCUGAAUAAUUUGAUAGGAACAAAUGAAUAUGCUGUUAACAGUAAAAAAGUUCUUGUAAACAGG